AGCGCGCCGCCGGUCCCCCCCCGCCGCCCAGGACCGUCCCUCUUGCCUCGGGUCGCUCUUGCGCGUAGAGGCGACGGGCGCCGCGCGCGCGCGCCCCCGCUGCGCCCCCCCACCCCCUCCCACACCCCGGCGGCCAUGGACUGCGACUUCGACAUCUGCCGCGCGCUCGGGGCCCCGCCCAGCGGCGCGGAGCCGAGCGUGGUUCGGGUGGACGACGCGUCGCUGGGCCACCCGCGCUGGGGCGGCCCGCUGCGCGACCUGCUCGACGCCCUCGGCGAGCGGUCCAAGCGGGCGCAGGGGCUCGGCAAGCCCGUCACGUGCGGCCGCGGCAGCCUAGGCGGCCAGCGGGUGUACUUACUCGCAGACGGCCACACCGCCCUGGGGCUGCUGAAGGUCGGCCCGAAGCGUCUCUACGUGGCCCGCGGGGGCGCCUCCGACGGCCUGGUGGAGAUCAACCCCUUGUGCAGCCUCGACUUCUACGUCGUCGAGGGCCGGCAGCGGGGUGGCCUCGGCUUGCGGCUGUUCCAGGCCAUGCUCAGGGCCGAGGGCGUCUCGGCGGAGCGGAUGGCCUACGACAGACCGUCGCCGAAGUUCAUCGCGUUCCUGCAGAAGCACUUCGGCCUGUCGAAGUACACGCCGCAGAGCAACCAUUUCGUCGUGUUCGACCGAUACUUCUCGGCAGCGGCGACGCAGAAGGCCUCCCCGGCGGAGGGCUCCCGCGCGGGCCCGCUGGAGCCGCGAGCCCACCGCCAGAGCGGCCCUCCCGGCCUCGCCGGCACCCCGCAGACGCCCGAGGCCGGCCCCGGCGGCAUGUUCGGCCAGCACCAGCAGAACAGCCACCAGGGCGGCCACGGCCACGAGGGCCUCCCGAGGCGCGGGGGCGACGCCGCUCGCGGGCCACCGCCGGCGGGGCCCCAGUCGCGGGCGCUGUCGACGCCGACGUCGGGGAGGCCGUACGGCACGCACAGCUGCGGCGGCAGCGCGGCGAGCCGCGCGGUCCCCUUGCCUCCUGGAGGUCGCCUUGUCGAGCUGUCACGAGCCCCCGCCGGCGCCGCACCUCGGCUCCGGCGCGGAGCAGCUGCCCCGGGAGGCCGCCGGCCCCGCCGAGCGGCCGCCGCAGGCCCUCGACCGGUCGGCGGGGCGAGCCGCCGCUGCCCUGUCGCAGGCACCCGCGGCG